AUGGAUGGCCUAAUUGAACAGAAUAGUGUACUAAUGCACAGUAAAAUUAGUGAAGCUGGAAAAAGGAACGGCUUAAUUAACACCAGAAACUUAAUGGCAGAGAACAGAGAUGGCCUGGUCUCUGUUUAUCCAACACCCCAGUAUCAGACUCACAUAGUGGGGAAUAUCUCAUCUCAGAGCUGCCUAGAAAACAGCAGAAAUGAUCCAGUGCAGCAGUUACUGGACCCCAAUACACUUCAACAGACUGUGGAGUCUCACUAUCGUCCCAAUAUUAUUCUGUAUUCGGAGAAUGUGCUACGCUCCUGGGGGGAGAGUGGGAGCUCAGACUGCUGUGAGACCACCUUUAUCGAGGACCGCUCACCUACCAAAGAUAGUCUGGAGUAUCCUGAUGGGAAAUUCAUCGAUCUUUCUUCAGAUGACAUCAAAAUUCAUACUCUCUCCUACGAUGUGGAAGAAGAAGAGGAGUUCCAGGAGCUAGAGAGUGACUAUUCAAGCGACACAGAGAGUGAGGACAACUUUCUGAUGAUGCCGCCACGAGAUCAUCUGGGCCUCAGUGUGUUCUCCAUGCUCUGCUGCUUCUGGCCUUUGGGCAUUGCUGCCUUUUAUCUGUCCCAUGAGACUAACAAAGCUGUGGCCAAGGGAGACUUCCACCAAGCCAGCACCAGUUCCAGAAGGGCACUGUUCCUGGCCGUCCUCUCCAUUACCAUUGGAACUGGCCUCUAUGUGGGGGUGGCUGUGGCCCUGAUUGCCUAUCUCUCCAAGAACAAUCACUUAUGA